CAACGUGCCACGACACUCAAACGCCACCAACAGCCAACAGUACGUCAAUAAAGCUCCCAGGGUGGUUAGCGGCAGGACUCAAAUUACGUGGCACAAAGAAAGUGCCUAGAGAUGGAGGUGGUCGCCUUGAUCGCGUUGACUUUGUUACUAGGCGCCCUGGUGAUUUUGGUGGCUUUCGCCGUGGGGAAACGGAAAGAAGAGUUACGAGAGGAAGCGGCUCAGACGAGCGAGUGUGCCGUUGAAGGCAACGUGUCAAAGGCUCCUGCAGCCAAGAAACUAAAGCAGGACAAGCAACAGCGCAGUCGAAAAGAAAAACCUUCACAACACAACUUCAACCAUCCGCUGUUGGCAGCAUCACUUAAGGGCCACAGCGGCAAUGUGACGUGCCUCGAUUUCAGCAGCAACGGCAAGUACUUGGCGUCUUGUUCCAACGACCGCACGGUGCGGAUCUGGAGCACCAGAGACUUCCUGGAACGGGAGCACAAGUGUCUGCGGGCCAAUGUGGAGCUGGACCACGCCACGCUUGUUCGCUUCAGCCCGGACUCCAAGGCGUUUAUUACCUGGCUCGCUAACGGGGAUACGAUGCGAGUCUUCAAGAUGAGCAAGAAAGAGGACGGCUCUAUGAGCUUCAAAGGGGCCUCAGAGGACUUCCCGCCCAGGCACAAAGCCAGCAUCCUCAACAUUGGCAUCGCAGAGACUGGUAGGUUCAUCAUGAGUGCCUCCACCGACACCAGCAUCAACAUUUGGGACUUGAAAGGAGAAAUACUGGCUGCGAUCAAUACGAACCAGAUGACCAAUUCCUAUGCUGCUGUUUCCCCAUGUGGCAGGUUUGUGGCAUCCUGUGGCUUCACCCCUGACGUCAAGGUGUGGGAGGUGUGCUUCGGCAAGACGGGCGAGUUCAAGGAGGUGAAGCGAGCGUUCGAGCUGAAAGGUCAUUCAGCGGGAGUCCAUGCUUUUGCAUUCUCCAACGACUCUCAAAGAAUGGUGACCUUGUCUAAAGAUGGAACCUGGAAGCUGUGGAAUACCAAUGUGGAGUACAAACAGCAGCAGGAUCCUUACCUCCUCAGGACCGUUCCCUGCAAGUCGUCCAAUGGCAGCCGAGUGGCAUUGUCGCCCGACGGCCGAGUGGUGGCCAUCAGCGACAUUUGUAACGUGGCCAUGUACAGCGCAUCCACUGGCGAGCGAGAGGAGCAGCUGCUGAGUGUGCACAGCGAGGAGAUCACGGACCUCAGGUUUGACAUCAACGGACGCUUCUUGGUGUGCAGCGGGGACAAAGCCAUCCGAGUGUUUCACAAUGCUCCUGGUUACCGGGCAGCCAUCAGGGACAUGCAGGACAUGCUGAAGAAGGCCCAGAACGAGGCCAUGAAGCAGAGGCUGCAACAGCAGAUCAGCGACGCUCAGAGCGCUCUGGACGCUGUGCUGGCUGCUCCUGUUGAAUAAUCCCUAAUGCUUUUGGACGCUGUGUGUCACUCUCUGCUUGCUGGGAGGUGACUGCGUUUACAUGAAAUUUUAAUUAAAGAGGAUCUUUUAAUGGCAAGAUGACAUGUUUGGUGUAUGCUGCUGUUGGUCUGUGUUUGUGCCACCUCUUAUUGUUGGUUACAGCUUGACACUUAAUUCCCGUUCCUGCUUCUGUCCUCAUGGCACAGUUUGCGGACCUGAAUGUUUUUUUCUCACAAUUUGAACCUUUUGAAUUACUUUUCUAAUCCUUAAGUUUUUGCAUGUUUGUAAUAUGAGAGGAGAGAUGUUUCUGGAUACUUAAAAAAUAAAAUAUAUUUGUAAAAACA